AUGUAUCUGUGGGCCUAUGUUGAAGAUAAACAUGCUGAUGGCAUAAAACAGUUGACAUUUGAAACUGAAGAAUCUCCCAGCAGAAAGGUGGCUCCAUCUACACUCAUGGGUGCAAAAUUUGCUCCUGUCAGUGUGAUUGAUAUCAUCAAUAGUGAUGAUGAACCUAGCAACACUCAGAAGCCUGUACCAGAUAGUCAGGGUAGUAAAAGCAUUUCUGUUUCAACGUGUUUUGCUGCAGAAGGAAAGGACUCUAACAACAGUUGUGUCCAAAACAGUCAGGCAAGUAUGGAUUUGGGUGAAGAUCUCUUAUUUGUUGCAACUCUUAAGAGAAGACGAACUUGUAAUGUUGUUACAAGUGAUUCUGAAAAUGAUGAUGAUGAUGAUAUUCCAAUUUGUAAGCUUAAAAGGAAGCAUAUUCAAGAAGUAAAUUCUAAACAUGUUAGACCUGACUUGGGUAGUUCACUUCCUGUUACUAUUUCGGAAAAUGACAAGGUUGCAGACACUGUAAAGACUAGGCGCCGUCUACUGCCUCUAAGAAAAUGUGUAAGCAAAAGUCAGGAUGAUAAAAUAUCUUCAUGUAGACCUUGUAAGGCCAAGCAUAAGCAAAGUGUUGCAACCAAUGAUGAUGUUGGUGAAUCAGAAGAGGAUUUGUCACACAGUGGGGGAGAAAAUAUGAGUGAUUUUAUUGUUGAUGAUUCUGAUGUAUCUAAUUGUGAAGACACAUCUAGCAACUCACAAGAUGUAUCUAAUUGUGAUUUGGACUCUGAUUCCAUUAACUCACAAGAUGUAGAUAGUAAGAUGGAUUCCGAUUCACAAGAUGCAUCAGAUGGAGACAUGAACUUUAGUAAGAUAUUAUCGAGGAUUAAGAGGAGCAUAAACAACGUGAAGUGGGAAUUUGAGGCUGACAUGCUUGCGGCAUUUGGAAAGGAUCCAGAGUUGUGUAUGAAGGCUGUGUGCGCUCUUUAUCGGCAGCAAACUUCUGAGGAACAGAUGAGCAAGGGAACAUUGCUCUCCAAUCAGCGUGGAUUCAGCAAGUUAGAUGCUCACAGGGGCAGUAUUUUAGCCGAAUUCAUCACUGAUGGAGAUCCUCAUGGGGGUUUAAAGAAGUCUGUGAAGGAGUUGCAAGAAUAUGACCCAGAAGCAGUUGAAUUGUGCAGAUCACUAGCGGCUCACUACUCUAAGCAACUGUAUGAGAUUUACAAGAACAAAGAGGAUCCUCUUUUCCCUGGCUAG